GUUUGAGGAAUGAGAUAGCCAAUUAAUUAAUUAGUGGCAGUCUCAAAAAUAGAGGAACAUCGAUGGACGGAAUUCAGCAAAUAGCACUGCCGGUGUUGGGGAUUGUGGCGGCGGCGGCUGUAACUUUCUAUGCAGUGAGCUUUGCUGAAAUCAGAGAGAAAUCGUUUAGGGAUUUAGAUGAAUCUGAAGAAUCUUCUUCUUCUUCUUCUGGAGGUGGAGGAUCAUUCAAGUUAUCUGUCAGCUCUAGAGAGAAGAGGGCAAAAAGACAGGCCGCCGCUAACAAACGCUCCAAGCCUAAUUGAGAUUUAAUAAUAACUACUUUCAAUUCAAUUAUAUAUUAUGCCAACCUUCUUAUUCUUCUUGUUUCAGUCGUUAAUAACACACAUAUUUCUCUUCUUUAAUUUAUUGUUCAGCAUAAUUAACUGUUUGUUUUUUUACCAUAACUAUUUUAUUCCAACUCAAUUUUCAUUCC